AUGUAUCGGCUCAAGCUGGAAGUUCUGACGGCGAUCGCUACAUGGGCUUUUACUGCAGUAUCAAGCCCUUCCCUGGGCUGUGACUACCUUGAUGGCCUCUGUCCUCGGGACGAUGACUUGAGGGCACUCGGAGCCAAGCUUUCAAGUACAGCCAAGGUCUACUACCCUGGGUCGAGUGGCUUUGAGAAUAUUACCACUCGCUGGUCUGUUUUGGAAGAGCCCAAGGUCAACAUUGUUGUUGUUCCUGGUACGGAGAAUGAUGUCGCGGAGACGGUGAAAUUUGCAAACAAGAAACACCUUCCCUUCCUCGCAUACAAUGGCGUUCACGGAGCUCUCACCUCCCUAGGAAAGAUGGAUCACGGCGUAGGCAUCUCCCUGAGCCAGCUGAGCGGCGUAAAGGUCAACCCUGAUGGAAAAACCGCCACCAUCGCCGGCGGAACAAUGUCCAAGCUUGUCACAGACGAGCUUUGGGCUGCAGGAAAACAAACCGUGACGGGAACCUGUGAAUGCGUCAGUCUCCUCGGGCCUGCCCUCGGCGGUGGACACGGCUGGCUUCAAGGCCAUCAUGGCCUUGUCGCAGAUCAAUUCGUUUCAAUGAACGUCGUUCUUGCAGAUGGCACUUUGACGAAAAUCGAUGCAAGCUCUGAUCUCUGGUGGGCAAUGAAAGGUGCUGGCCAUAACUUCGGCAUCGUCACUUCUCUUACCACCACGGUGUACGACAUUGAGCAUACCGACUGGGCAAUCGAAACCAUUAUCUUCAGCGGCGAUAAAGUGGAAGCUGUUUAUCAAGCCGCCAAUGACUACCUCAUCAAGAAUGGCACUCAGCCCGAGGGCGUCGUCAAUUGGUCCUACUGGAUGAACAACCCCGAUGCGGAUCCCAAUAACCCCAUUAUCGUGAUGUAUAUCAUCCAAGAAGGUGUCAAAGCUGUCGACUCAAUCUACACAAAGCCUUUCCAUGACCUCGGCCCAAUCUCCGUAUCCCCAGACUCGGGAACUUAUCAAGACCUCGCAACCUGGACUGGCAUCGCCAACUCAUCCCCUCCCUGCCAAAAAAUCGGAAUGGCUAAUCCUCGCUUCCCCAUCUACCUUGAGUCCUACAACAUCGCCGCACAGAAGAAAGCAUGGGACAUCUACGCCCCCGCUGUCCGCGGAUCGUCACCCUUCAACAACUCGAUCUUCAUGUUCGAGGGAUACUCCGCUGAAGGCGUACACGCGGUACCUCAUGACUCUACUGCUUUUGCAUUCCGUAGUGAAAAUCUUCUUGCUGCGCCUCUGAUCAAUUACUUCCCCGCCGAGGGACUCGAUGAGAAGGCUGCUGAUUUGGGAAACAAGCUGAGGAAUGUCUUGUUUGAGGCCAGUGGUAGAGAUGAAAUUCGGGCCUAUGUUAACUAUGCACAUGGGGAUGAGACUACGAAGCAGUUGUAUGGUUCUGAGAAGUGGAGGCAGCAGAGACUUAGUGCGCUGAAGAAGAAGUAUGAUCCUCAGGGUAGGUUUAUUUUCUAUGCGCCUAUCAUCGGAGCUUGA